CCUCAUCUCACCCUCCAUUACUCCUUCCCUCCCUUUCGUGACACAAGCAAAUCUACCAUCUAACAUCUUCUUCAUUUAAAGCAUUUGACUUCACUGACGCAUUUUAACAAACACCUUCUACGCACAUGGCUAGACCACAACAACGAUACCGCGGUGUCCGGCAAAGGCAUUGGGGUUCUUGGGUCUCCGAAAUCCGUCAUCCUUUACUGAAGACGAGAAUUUGGCUAGGGACAUUUGAGACGGCGGAGGACGCCGCCCGAGCAUACGACGAGGCGGCGAGGCUCAUGUGUGGACCAAGAGCAAGAACCAACUUCCCAUACAACCCCAGUUUGUCACAAUCUUCUUCUUCGAAGCUUCUCUCUGCUACUUUGACAGCAAAACUCCAUAGAUGCUACAUGGCUUCACUUCAAAUGAGCAAACCAUCAAUCCAACAACAACAACAGAAAAUGAUGAACCAGAAGCGAAUGGGUUCGACCCAUAUUGGUGAAUCGUCGCCGGAGACGAAACCGACGGUGGUUAUGCAACACCAGCAACCGGCGAUGGAGCAUAACAGCGUUCUUCAAUUCCAUUCUCAACAUCAUCAACAUCAGCAGCAGCAGUUCUUUGCGACACUUGAAGAUCAUCAUAUUGAACAAAUGAUCGAGGAAUUACUUCAUUAUGGAUCAAUUGAGCUUUGUUCUAUCGGUCAAUCCCAGAAAUAGUUCAAAACUCGAACCUGUCAUCUUUCUUUUAUUAACCCA